AUGUCGGAUUGCAGAGCGAAGGGGCUUCACUACACUGUGAAACACAUUCGAGAAAGCCGGACAGCUGGAGUCGAGUGCCUGAUUUGUGGAUUGUGUGGAGAUUUGGACAAACUUAAACGGUUGCCAUGCUUGGCGGAGCCUGCCGACAAGGAGCCUGAACCUGCUGUGCUCACACAUGCUGAGCAAGCUGCCCAGGAUGCAGCUGCAGUGGCUAGUGCAGAGUCGGAACUUCGCAGGUUGCAGGAGGUCGAAGACAGGAAGGCUGCUUUAGAUUUGAUGGAGCUUCAGAAGCAGGAAGCUGAACUUGAGCAGAUGGUUCUGCUUCACCAGCUAGAGACAGAGGAGAUUGUUCUCCAAGGACUGCUCAAUGAGCAGAAAGCUUUGGCUUUGGCUGAAGCAGCAGUUGCCAAGAAGCUGGAGUUUAGCAGUGAAAGCAGCCCCGAGCCGAAGCCCACCGAGCCCAAGCACCCAAGGCGAACCCAAGCGCACAGCAAGCUCGAACCAGAAACCGUGAGUGUCGGCAAGAUGCCGGAACCCCUGGUCAGCAUAGUGCCCAGCUUGGACCUUCCGUAUGGCACGGAUGAUAUGGACACCUGUCCGAUGUGGCUUGGCUAUGGGGAAGACAUGAUCACCGGAGCGGAGGCUGCCAAACUUGUGGAGUCCAGUGAGGUUGGGGAGUCCAGUGAGAACCUUGGGGUUUCCAGCGAGAUCAACAAGGUUGGGAAGUCCGGUGAGAAGCUUGGGGUUUCCAACGAGAUCAACAAGGUUGGGGAGUCCAGUGCGAAGCUUGGGGUUUCCAGCGAGAUCAACAAGGGGGUCGGGGAGUCCAGUGAGAAGCUUGUUUCCAGCAAGAUUGACGAGGGAGUCAGCAGGGAUUCUCAGCGGGUGACCGUCGACAUCGACAACAAGUCUGGUGAGGGUCAUGAUUCGAAGCCUGCUUCCAAGAAGAAGAAGAACAGUGUCCCCAUUGUCAAUGACAAGAAGGCUGCAAAGGCUUCCGAUAAGCAGGCUGUGGUUUCCGACGGCAAACGUAGGCAUCCUGAUGAGAGCCUCAGCAAGAAGCCUGCUUCCUCCGAGCAGGUGGUGCCUGACUUCCCUGUGGAUGAAGCAGCCGCAAUCUCGCCGGCUGAGCAGACAAAAUUGUCAGGUGCUCAGCCGAACCGACGGGGCAAGGAAAAGAAGAAAAUCCUCGAGGAAGAGGUGCCUGAUGAAGACGAUGAUCGUGAGGACGACGAUCAGGAUGACGAUGAUCAUCACGAUGAUGAUGCUGACAGCUCUGGUGGUACUAAGACCAGAGCUGCACGAGGUCGCGGCGGCCGAGGUCGAGGCCGUGGCUCUCGUGGUGGUCGUGUGUGCAGUGUUGCAGGUGGCCGGGGUCGUGGGCGAGGGCGAGGGCGAGGCAAAAAUGUGGACAAGGAGGUUGCAAGCCCACGCUCGGCGUCGGCCAAGCGAUGCCGGGAGGAUGAAACGGCAACACCCAAGGCAGCGCCCAAAGCAGGGCCCAAAGCAGGGCCCAAAGCAGCGCCCAAAGCAGCGCCCAAAGCAACACCCAAAGCAACACCCAAAGCAGCACCCAAAGCAGCACCCAAAGCAAAAAGUCAGAGGACACCGGAGGAGCAGGAGCGAAGAGCCCGGUUGAGUCGAAAGAGUGUGGCCUACCACAAGGCAAAGGUCGAGGCAACAAAAGCGGGCAAGUCCAAGGAGGAUGCUGUUGCACUGGCCAAGAAGGUAUCAUGA